AUGCGCCCCUGACAGCGGAUACGUACUCAUCCUGCAGGUAACGGGUCGACGACUGCAAAUAAGUUUGACCUACUUUACAGAGUGCCUUCACAUACCUUUGGGUCUGUUUACGGGCAAGAGUUAGAACGGCGACGAGCAACUGCUGACAAACUGCUACAAUGGAUCGUUCCGGCGUCUACAUAGUCUCCCAUAAACCUCUCGACGAUGACUCAACAAAAAGCGGGUCUGGUGGCGGCGGAGGCGGCGGCGUCGACAACCCCGCCUUUCAGCACGACGGCAGCGCAUCGUACAAGGAUCCAGGAGGUCUCAUGCUCAACCUCAACAGCCCUUACAACGAACAACCGUACCGCGGCAUGGGCAAAGAGGACCUGUUACGUCACUCGUCCAGACCGCUGUGGCGGCGCAUGCGCUUCGUGUGCAUCUCCAUUGUGUUGCUAGGGUGGCUGGCCUUGAUCAUCACGGUGGUGGCGCUGGUGUUGCUCUACCCGCGAUGUCGCAGUGCCGGCAAACAGGAUUGGUGGCAGAAGGAAGUCGUAUAUCGAGUGUAUGUUCCCAGCUUCCAGGACAGCGGGAGUGACGGAUGGGGAGAUAUCAAAGGACUGACGUCCCGUCUGGACUAUUUGAAGAAGAUCGGUGUAGGAAUAGUCUCGAUCAGUCCGAUCUACCAGACGACGCCAGGCUCCAAUAACGACUACGACAUCGUUGACCACAAGGCCAUUGAUCCUCUCUUUGGCAACGACGACGACUUUGCCAACCUCAUUAACGAGACUCACUCCAGAGGGAUGUAUUUGAUUGUGGACUUCGUUCCUGGAUUAACCAGCAAGGAACACCCGUGGUUCAAAGAGAGCAGUAACGCUUCCAGCAAACUCAAGAAGUAUUACGUCUGGGAGGAUGGCAUCGGGGGAGGACCCCCUAACAACUGGUUGCAAAUUUCGGGCGGAUCAGCUUGGACUAAUCUGAUUGAACGAGGGCAGUACUAUCUCCAUCAGCACCACCCAGACCUGCCCGAUCUUAACCUUCGCAGUAUGGAGGUCAAAGAGGAAUUGAAGAGCAUCCUUCAGCACUGGCUGUCAAAAGGCGUGGACGGCUUCUACAUCCGGGAGAGUGGCUACCUCUUUGAGGAUUAUGACCUGAGAGAUGAACCCCUAGCAAGUCCGCCAGUCUCAGACAAUAGUUCAUAUGACUCACUGAAUCAUACUUACACCUAUGGGCUGCCGGAAGUGCACGAUAUGUUAGCCAGGUGGCGCUUCUUCCUGGAUGAAUACGGAACGGAGACCGGAACUUAUAAAUUGCUCUUCGCGGACAUCAAAGGCGAUACUGAAUCGGUAAUGCGUCACUAUGGUUACUUUAACCGUGACGGUGUCGACUUUCCGCUGAACACAUUUUGCCUUGAUGUGAAGUCGUCAGACAAUGGGACGGAAAUUUCCAAACUGGUCAGGGGAUGGUGGAAAAACAUACCUAUCGGACGAUGGGCAAACUGGAUGGCUGGGUACGACAACAGCAAACGCAUACUUAAUAGGUUGGAUGUCAACAUGACACGAGCGUUUCUGAUGCUUACAAUGUUGUUGCCAGGGACGCCAUUUUAUUACUAUGGCGACGAGAUCGGGAUGGUAGACUCGACAAAGAACUUUGGCAGCGGUAUGUGGAUCCGAAAUCAGAGCAUGCGCAGUCCGAUGCAGUGGGACAACACUACGUACGCUGGAUUCAUUAAUGAAACACUUUGCAGCGGGACUUGUAGCCCCUGGAGCAGUAUCAACUCGGACAAAUCAACGGUCUCCGUUAUGUUUCAAAAUGCGGCAUAUGACUCAACACUUCAACUGUUUAAAAACUUGACAGCCUUCAGGAUGAAACCCUCUAUUCUACAUGGUGACUACUUCCUCAUUCUCCACGACGAUCACGUAUUCUCGUUUGUACGAGAGUUUGACGGCAAUGAUGGAUAUCUUGUCGUUCUAAAUUUUGGUGAUACCGAAGCAACGCGAGACUACACCGGCGUCCACGGGACUGUGCCAGGCAGUGCUAAGGUGGAACUUGCAACAGAAGAUGGCUUUGGUGGUUCCGCUUCUUGUUCGAACCUAAAAGUAGGCCCAAAACAAGGAGUGGUUCUGUCGUGGGAAUACGUUGCAAAAGAACUCUGAUCUGAUUACAAUAACUCACUUUAGCCUAUGUAGUUAUAUUUAACCAGAUUUUUAUACUUUUAAUAUCGCAGAAGUUUUGAAAAUUAGCCAUGACUGAUUUAUCACAGAUACGUGUAAGUCUUAAACACGGACAUUAUACAGAUAUCAAUUAAACACCACCUGAAAUAACAAAGGACACUGAUUUACCCUUUGGCAAAAAUACAAUUUUUAUUUGAUUUAUCCCUAAAAGGAACCUCCAACAAAAGAGGUGGCAGUUACCUCCAGACCAAUAGGUUCCAUUAGACCAAAUAAAUUCCUAUUGAUGACCAUAGUAACAAUUCUUAAUAAAACUAACAGAAGCAACGUUUCAAACCACCGGGUCAGUAUAUACACUGACAGUGUGGUACCUCCCAUUGAUAAUUAUUCGAAGAAACUAUACUGUCACGUAUCGUUUUAAGCACUUACAGGAAGUUUACAGUACCCACCGUCUGGUCCGCACAAAAUGCCAGUGGAAAUUUUUAUUCCCACCCCAGUUACUGACAAGUACACAAUGUCACUAGUGUAAUAAUUGUUCACGUAAUAAAACAUGUGGAACUGA